AUGGCUGAAUUCGACUGGAAUGCGGCAGUGAUCCACCCGAAACAGAACUAUUACCGACGGUACCGAGUCACCUCGUGGCCGGCGAGCAUGAUGGCAUGGGGGCAUGGGCAUGGCAUCGUGCGCCGCCCAGCUAAGGUAAAGCAUGCCACGACACACCAAAUUAGAGGGGGGGCGCAAGACCUGUCUCGCGCACCGGCGCCGCAGCUAAUUGGCCAUGGCGCACCUGGCACGGACACAUCGCCUCGGUGGAUGUCGCGGAAGCUUGAGCAUGCCCGGGCAACGGCGCAACGAACCCCCUUCACCUUCCACGGGGCGCCGGCUCAACGGGGGCACAUCCAUCAGCGUGCAGUCCCAAGCUGGCCGUCCACGGCCGACCCACGCAGAACUGGGCAGACAGCUCUUUCGCCUGACCGCACUCGCUCUGGUGGUGGUCGGGUGGCCUGCUGGCCUGCUGGCCAGUGGCCCAUGGUCAGUGGCCCAUUACUCCUGGAUCAGAGCUUGCAGAGGAGCACAGCACAGGGCCGGUAUCCUUGGCGCGAUGACCCCUCUGCUCAGCCAUGUACUGUCGACGAUUGUUUUCCUUCGGUUCGACCUUCCAGGCCCAGCGCGCGGGCGUCGUUCGGACAGGCGAUCGGACAGGCGAUCGCACAGGCGGGCAGCACAGGCGGGUCAGACCCCAGGAAAAGCUUCCACCUGCACUGCAAGGACGUUGCUGCCAGGUUCAAGCCGCCAGCCUGCUGCCCGCGAGCAGAGGGACGACGCUAUUGUGAGACAACGAGGCCCAUGAACUGA